AGCAGGUCAACACUAGAGUCUGGUUGCCAUGGCUGAUGUGAGGGGGAAGAACAAUUACAAAAUUGUGCUUCUCGGUGAAGGUCGUGUUGGAAAGACAUCGCUCGUUUUGAGGUACGUGAACAACACCUUCUCGGACAAGCAGCAGACCACCAUCCAAGCAUCAUUUCUCAGCAAGCGAAUAAAUAUAGGAGAGAAUACGUGCAACCUCGCGAUCUGGGAUACAGCUGGUCAAGAGCGUUUCCAUGCCUUAGGCCCAAUCUAUUACAGAGAUGCCGACGGGGCACUCCUGGUGUACGAUACAACUGACACUGAAAGCUUUGCAAAAGUGAAGAAUUGGGUCAAAGAGUUGAGGAAGAUGGUUGGACAGGAGAUUGUCCUGUGCAUUGCAGGGAACAAGAUUGAUCUGGAUAAAGAGAGACAAGUUGAGAAGAGUGAAGCGGAAGAGUAUGCAGCUAGCGUUGGAGCAUAUCACUUUCAGACUUCCGCAAAGCUCGGAAAAGGCAUCGAGGAAACAUUCCUUGCGCUGGCAAAGAAGAUGAUCGAACAAAGGCAGGAGAACGACUCUAGGCAAUCGGCUCGGCGAAGUGGGGGAAAUGCGCCGAUUCUUGUGGUUGCCGACGACACCUCGAACGGAGGAAGUGGAGCAGCCAGUGGGAGCAAAGCUUGCAACUGUUAGGAGGAGAAAGAUAUCGCUCCUCACACGCUCUCUCAGACUGUGAGACCAGACAAGUUGGAUAGCCAGUCUCUUGAUGUUUCAGUACGCCCAUUCAAAGUAUUUAUAGAUAUCCAUCUCAUGAUAGACCCCAAUUCCGAUAUGAUUACAUAGUUGUACCCAUC